GCAUUAGUUAGUCUUUGAUUGAAAUUGAACUGACGUUGGUUUGAUUUUGAUCAAUGUAAUAAAUAUUGCUUAAAACUUAUACAAAUAUUGAAGUUAUUGUAUAAAUAAAUAAAUUACAUUAUGUCUGAGCAAACCAAUAAUAAGAAGCGAAAGUACUCAAAUGCGAAUGGCGACGAAAUUUCAGAAAUCGCGAAGAAGACUGUACAUAUUCAAUGUCCUUAUUUGGAUACAAUUAACAGACAUGUAUUAGACUUUGAUUUUGAAAAACUGUGUUCUGUAUCACUGACAAGAAUUAAUGUUUACGCUUGUCUUGUUUGUGGAAAGUAUUUUCAGGGUAGAGGAACCAAUACUCACGCCUACACCCACUCAGUAGCUGAUGGCCAUCAUGUUUUCCUUAAUCUUCACACCUUGAAGUUCUACUGUCUGCCAGAUAACUAUGAAGUUAUAGAUUCAUCAUUAAAUGACAUUAAAUAUGUGCUCAACCCUAUUUUUACUCCUGAACAAAUUAAACAACUGGACUGCAACACUAAGAUGUCAAGAGCCAUUGAUGGCACUAUGUAUAUGCCAGGCAUUGUGGGCCUUAAUAACAUCAAAGCUAAUGAUUAUUGCAAUGUUAUAUUACAGUGUCUUUCUCAAGUACGACCGCUUCGUAAUUAUUUCUUGCGUGAAGAAAAUUAUGCAAAUGUAAAAAGGCCACCGGGUGAUUCUUCAUUCUUAUUGGUGCAACGUUUCGGAGAGCUGUUAAGGAAGCUGUGGAACCCUCGAGCUUUCAAAGCGCAUGUAUCGCCACAUGAAAUGCUACAAGCAGUUGUACUUUGGUCUAAGAAAAGAUUUCAAUUUAUAAAACAAAGUGAUCCAAUCGAUUUUAUGUCAUGGUUCCUUAAUUCACUUCAUUUAGCUCUUAAUGGUACGAAAAAACCUAACAGUUCAAUAAUAUAUAAAUCUUUCCUCGGCCACAUGAGAAUAUAUACAAGGAAGCUGCCACCUCCAGAUGCCGAUGAUGCGGCAAAAGUAGAUCUCACCAGUGAAGAGUAUGCUGAGAUGAUAACUGAAUCACCAUUCUUGUACUUGACUUGUGACUUACCUCCUACACCGCUGUUUACUGAUGAGUUUCGAGAAAACAUCAUCCCUCAGGUAAAUUUAUACCAACUGCUGUCAAAGUUCAGUGGUCAAACAUCAAAGGAAUACAAAACAUAUAAAGAGAAUUUCUUAAAGCGAUUUGAAAUUACACAAUUGCCGCCUUACCUCAUAUUGUACAUAAAAAGAUUCACGAAAAACACAUUCUUUGUCGAGAAAAAUCCGACUGUAGUUAAUUUUCCAGUAAAAAAUGUAGAUUUUGGAGAUAUCUUAACACCGGAAAUUAAAGCAAAGCAUAAUGGGAAAACAAUGUAUGAACUGGUAGGGAAUAUUGUCCAUGAUGGAUCUCCAGAGAAGGGUACAUACCGCGCCCAUGUUUUGCACACGCCGACACAGCAAUGGUAUGAAAUGCAAGAUCUGCAUGUAACAAGCAUAUUGCCACAGAUGAUAACAUUAACAGAAGCAUACAUUCAAAUAUAUGAAUUAAAGCAGGACUGAAUUAAUAAAAAAAAAUAAUUAAUUAUAAUCAUUUAUUUCUUGAAUAUACAAAUUCCGAUGCUAUGACAACUUGCUUUAAGAUGUUUAUACUUAUUCAAUAUUACGAUAUUUAUUACAGUAUCAUAAAUAAAUGAAAUGUAUAUAAUUAAAAUGGUCAUUUGACAUAUUAUGUAAAUGAUCAGUACAUACAAAUGAAUUUUGUAAUACAAAUAGUACAGCUUAAAACAUUUCAUAAGUUUAUAUUUUCGUAAGCUAAUGUUUAAGGUUAUAAACUAAAAAGCAUGUGUCACAUAAGCAUAAAUGCGUUGUAUCACAUAGUUCAGAUAUUUUUAAUGUAUUUUAAAUAAAUGGACAACCAUUAUUAAGAUUC